AUGUCCAAAGUCGCCCUCAUCACAGGUGCCAACGGCAUCACCGGCUCCGCCAUCCUAACACACCUAACAACCACCACCACGGCCGCCGAAUGGCGCCGCAUCAUCAUCACCUCGCGCUCACCACUGACGCUGGACAUCCAAGACCCACGAGUCUCGUUCAUCGCGCUAGACUUCUCCCAGGAACCCCAUAAGCUGGCGCAGGAAAUGCAGCCCAUCUGCAAGGACGUCACGCACGCCUACUUCUCCUCGUACGUGCACAAGGAUGACUUCGCGCAGCUCAAUACCGCCAACGCCUCGCUCUUCGAGAACUUCCUCACGGCCCUCCUCGACUCCGCUCCGGGCCUGCAGAACUGUACCCUCCAGACAGGCGGGAAGUACUACAACGUCCAUCUGCAGCCCGUGCCGUCGCCUGUGCGCGAGGAAGACAUCCCAAGCGGACGGUACGACGCGGAUGCCCACGCGCGGAACUUCUAUUACGCGCAGGAGGACUUUCUCGCCCGUAAGCAGCGCGAAAACUGCUGGACAUGGAACGUGAUCCGGCCCGAGGCCAUAAUCGGGAGCACGAGCAAGCCGAACGGCAUGAACGAGGCGCUGACGCUGGCCCUGUACUUUUUGACGUGCAAGGAGCUGGGCGUGGCUGAGGCGGUUAUGCCUACGAACUGGGCGUACUGGAACGGGACGGACGAUGUCUCGGAUGCGCGAUUGAUUGCGGAUAUCAGCGUGUGGGCGUCGACGAGUGCGCACUGCGCGAACGAGGCGUUUAAUGUGGCUAAUGGGGAUUACUUCACGUGGCGGUAUAUGUGGCCGCGGCUGGCGGCGUACUUUGGGGUGCGGGGGUCGAGUGAGCAGGGGUUUGCGAGGAAGAGUGACGACGGGUUUCGGCCUGGGGAGAAUGUGCUGGAGGUGAGGCUGGAGGAGUGGGCGAGGGAUAAGCAGGGGGUUUGGGAGAGGCUGUGUGAGAGGGCUGGGGUUCCUGGGGCGAAGGACACGUUUAGGGCUGGGACUUGGGCGUUUCAGGACUGGGUGUUUUCGAGGACGUGGAGUGCCACGCUGAGUGUCAAUAAGGCGCGCAGGUUUGGGUGGAAGGGCCAUUUGGAUUCGUAUCAGUCGUUUGUCGAUGCCUUUGACAGGUUUAGGGAGUUGGGGCAGAUUCCUUAG